ACAUCCAACACAACCCAACCCAACCCAACCCAAUCCUCUUGGACACUUUUAUAAUAAGAGACUAAAACACACAGAUGAGAAUGUGUAUAUUUGCUGCAUUGGAUCCUUCGUCGAUUUGGGAUUCCAUUUUUUUCAAAGCCUAGCUAGCCAUCCCUCCCACACACUCUCUCUCUUUUCUUUCUUUCUUUCUCUCUCUCAUCAACCACUUCUUGGGAGCUAAAUUCCAAACAAAACAAAGCUUUGUUUAUGAAUUCUCUACCCCAUCAAAGGUGGUGAUUUUGAUCAUCAUCUUCAUCAUAUCAAGUAUACCAUUUUUAUAUAUAAGCUCUCAAAUUCUUAAUUUUUUUUUUUUUUAAUUUCUCAUUCUUAGGAUUCCCAUUUCUACAAUUCUUGUUGUUGGUCUAUUGCUUGGUUUUAUCUUCAUUUUUUAUUUUCUACUUAGCUUGUCUUGUAUCUGGUUCAUGUGCUCCGAGUUGAAGUCAAUUUCGGUGAUGGGUGUUUCGGAUCCCGAAAUGUUUCUCACUGAGAAAGAUCUAAACGCAGUGGAAUUCAAUUUCUUGGUAAGACCCACGUUGGAAAUCCAUCACGAGUGCCCAAUUACACGUUCAGAAGAAGACGAAGAAUCCGAAGUUGUUGGUCACGACGAAGAACAAACUGCGCAAGAAAAUAAGAAAGAAGAAGGUGAUAAAUUCGAUGUGUUGGUUUCGAGUUUGAAGCUCAAAAUUCCAUCCGUACAAGAAUUCCGAGUCAAAGACGACGACAAAGAUGAUGACAACAAAGACAAUAACGAUGGAUUCAAGACUCCUACUUCUUCUGAUCAAAAGAUCCCGGCGACACUCCACUGUCCGCCUGCACCGAGAAAACCCAAAUCACUUCCGUUGUCGUCGAUGAAGCGAAAAGCUCACGGCCGGCACCGGCAAGUUCUUCUCGACAUGUCGAAUGAGAUCGAAUCGUUGUUUCCUCCGGUACUUCUAGCGGAUCUUGGCGGUGGUAAGAUUAAGAAGAAAGUUAGGAAAGGAAAUUAAUUAUUAUUGAGUAUUGACGCACCACCAAAUGAUGAUCUUCUUCUUCAUCGUCAUAAAUUAAUUAAUUAUGUAUGUUUAUGUGAAGCAAACUUAUACGUUUCCAGCUCUCUACAAUCAAAUGGAGCACGCUCAGCUCUAUAUAUGAUAAUUUCGAUCAUGAUCUUGGUUAUCCAAUUACAUUUCUUUUACCGCUCA